GAGGAGUUCCUGCACUGAUCAGGAAUCUCCUCAGCGUUACAGCAGAGUGCAGCACCGCCUCAGCAGCUGGAGUAGAGAAGUAAUGCAAUUCCCGGAGCCAGUACUUGAUUAGGGGGAGGUACAGUAUGUUUGCCAUUGACAUGGUGGAUGGAGUUACCAGAGGUCAUAUACCUGCCCAUCCUACACUGUGGUAUUAGAAGUAUUUCUUCACUGCUCUCAGGGAAAGCGGAAAGCUUCUAACUGAUCAUCACAGGAGGAACUGGACACUGAGCACCUGGAUCCCUUACAGCUGAAGUUCUGAGAACAGCAACAGAUCGUAAGACACCGCUGUUGUUGCGAGAAGACUUUUGGCACCAUGAAUGAUUCCGAUUCCGAUUCCAACUUUUCCUGCUACCACCCAUCUGUUGUGGAUUAUCGCUAUUUUGCAGUGACAUGGGGCAUCAUCGUAUCCAUCGGUGGGACAGUCGGCAACGUGUUGACUGUAAUUGCCUAUGCUCUGGAUAAAAAGCUGCAAACUCGUUUUAACCUACUUAUCAUUAAUCUAACCCUGGCAGACAUUCUAUAUUGUACAUUCCUGCAGCCCUUCUCAGUAGAUUCAUACCUGCACUUGUACUGGAGAAGUGGACCCCACUUCUGUCGGGUCUUUGGGAUGCUGCUGUUUGUGUCCAAUUCCGUUUCCAUUCUGAAUCUGUGCCUCAUCGCUGUCAGCCGUUACAUUCUUAUUUUCAACAGCAAACUGUUUGAUCGUAUCUUCUGCAGACUGGGUGCAACGCUCAUUCUUCUGGGCACUUGGGUCAUAGGGUUUGCUAGUUUUGCCCCCCUUUGGCCAGUCUACGUAUUGGUUCCAAAAGUUUGUACCUGCAGCUUCCAUCGUAUAAAAGGCAGACCUUACACCACCAUAUUAAUGGUAUUUUACUUUGUGGUGGGCCUUAGUUGUGUUGGUGUUUUCUAUUUCCUAAUUCACCGUAAGGUAAAAGCUGCAUCCAAGGCACUGGACCAGUACAAACUCGCCAACAUCAAGCCUAUCAAGUCAAAUGUUUCUGAUGGGAACUCGGGAGUGACGGGUAAAUUUCAUGAGUUGGAGGACAGUGGGGUAGACACAGGAGCCUCCAGUGAGGUCAUCUCGGAGCAUCUUCCUACAUCCAAAGUCACAGCCACCUCCUAUUCUAAUGAUUAUGUAAAGUCUGCUCCAGCCACCGUACCCCAGCCAAAAGACUCUGGUUCAGAUUUUAAAAAGGUCACUCGCAUGUGCUUUGUGGUCUUUGUAUUUUUUGUUGUCAGCUACAUUCCCUUUUUACUGCUCAAUAUUUUUGAUGCUAAAAACAGUGCGCCACAAGUUCUUCAUAUGAUUGCCGCAAACCUUACCUGGCUCAACAGCUGCAUCAAUCCCAUUCUCUACGCAGCCAUGAACCGGCAGUUCCGUGAUGCUUAUAGGAGGGUUCUUUUACUAAUCAUUAACAAAUUCAGGAGAGCGUAAUGCCUACAAGGGCUGCUCUGUGACUGGACUUUUGAAUGCUUCAUGCUGAGUAGCAGAGUAUGGAGAACAACUCUAUAUGCAACAAAGUAGAACUUUUGCACUUUCCUUUAUAAGGCUCUAUUAAGCAUUUGUAACUGUACUGCUAUGUUGCUGGUCACAUGACUGUUGCAAAAACUUGAACGCACUAUUGUAUUUAAAUUCAA